AUGCCUCCCCCAAAUAAAAGAAAACGCCAACUUGAGGCUGCAAGAAAAUCAAAAGUUGAGCGUGCGCAUUUAAAAAAAAGUAAGACAAUGCACAAAGAUAAUGAUUUAUUAGAUUAUGAAUUAGUUGAUGAAGAGCUUGAUGAUCAUAUUUGGGUGGAUGAAGAAAUCGAUGAAAAAGCUGAUAGUUACUUUGAAGUUUUACUAGCAGCUGCUAGGAAUAAUAAUACUUGGAAAAUUGUGGGUAGACCUACUUAUAAUUAUACUACAGAUGCAGCAGUACAAUUAAUGGAGACAAAUUUGGUUGAUGAGGCUAUAGAUACAAUAGUGAUUGAUGAGUAUGGAGAUACAAUAAUAGUCGAUACAAUUGAGGAAUUAGACAAUAUGUUAGAAAAGAACAGUAAACAAGUUGAUAAAGGAACUAAGGUUCGUUUACAAGCAGCAUUACAAUAUUUGCAUUUGAGAUAUCAAAGUUGGACUAAAAUAAAUUCAAGUGCGACGAUUGCUGGGUCAUUAGGCUGGGGAGCUUACAAAACUAG